AUGAAACAUAUUCCAGAAAAUGCAGCACGAUUGGGCACAACCACCCAGUCGUCAUUAUAUUAUGCCUGGUAUCCCCAGUAUGCUAUUGAUGGUAUACGCACCAGCUGUACCCAUACUCAAGCACAGACCAACCCGUGGUGGAAAUUGGAUCUGCUGAAGACUUACAGUGUGAACCGAGUGCUCAUCACUAACCGAAUAGAAGUUCCAGAGAGGUUAAACGGGGCAAAGAUUUAUGUUGGAAAUAAUGGUGAAAGCAUUUACAGCAACCCCAUAUGUGCUGUCAUUUUCAGUAUUCCAUCAGGUAUGACCUACACAUACUCAUGUCGUGGAAUGGAAGGACGUUAUGUGUAUGUAGGUGUUCCUGGAGAUUUCAAGUUUCUAACUCUAUGUGAGGUAGAAGUCUAUGGGGUUAUGCCAGGAAAUUUGGCAGUAGGAAGAAAUGCUACACAGUCGUCAACAAAUGGCCUCUGGUUUGCAGAACAGGCCAUCGAUAGUAAUCGAGGUCUCUUGAAGUCAUCGUCUGCAUGCUCCUCUACAAAUAAUGAGAAUUACCCAUGGUGGAGGCUGGACCUGCGUCAUGUGUACGAAGUUAGCAGAGUGGUCAUCACUAAUAGAGUAGACUGCUGUCCAGAAGAAAUAAAUGGAGCAGAGGUUCGCAUUGGAAACUCUUUGGAAAACAAUGGCAACAUCAACCCCACAUGUGCUGUGAUUUCUAGCAUUCCAGCUGGUGUGUCCACCACCUUCUUCUGUAACAAUAUGGAAGGUCGCUAUGUGAAUCUGAUCAUUCCUGCUGAUUCAAGGGUUCUCAGUCUGUGCGAGGUGGAGGUCUACGGUACAGGUCCUCUUUUAAAGGAAUCAUUUAUUAAGAUGCGUUUUAAGCACAGUGCAAGUCUGACUGAACCUGCAAUUCAAGUCAACAUACUUAAACAGCUUGAAGCUGCCAUGGCUAAAAUAGGGAUAUAUGAUGUGGUGUUACGUUGGUCUAUGUUACCUAAAUCGGAUGUCCAGAAUCAAGCUAAACAAGGUCAUUGUGUUCGAUACAACUAG